AUGGAUUUUCGAAGGCGGCUAGCCGCACAGGGCAACCCAAACUCCCCUCGUAGUGCUGGGACGUCGUCGACAGAGUCUCCUGCAUCGUUGCCUGCGACGCCCCGCAAAGCUCGUGUGUCCAUUGGAAUCCACCAUUCGCCCGCGUCGACGCCGUCAAUCUCAUCGUCUAUACCCUUUGACUGGGAGGCCGCGCGUUCGCGACGACCGGCUCCUUACUCGACCCCUCAGCAAAAUAAAUUCAAGAAACCUCGGCCUAGUGUCUUGGGUACGCCUCGAAGAGCAGUUGUACGCAGAAAGAGCUUAUACGAAAAGUGGUUAUAUCUCAUUUUUCGCAGAAUAACAUCUCUUCCUUCGCAAAUUGCAUUUGAGAUCGCACUCUUCCCCCACAAUGUCCCUUUACCAGCACCAAGGACAUCAGCGUCAAUUAUCGGAGGACUCUGUCAUCUGUGCCACCUCUGUGUACGCGUCAGCCAAGUCCGGCAAGUGCCAGACUCUGAUUUAGGAUGGGAGGAUAUGUAUCGCGAAGACGAGGGCAUGUCGUGGUUCGACUGGACCGUUCCACUGACUUUGCUCCUUAUUGCCGGAUCGUUGGCAAAUUCCAUUUUCCUCUUCACUCGUAUUCGCCUCUAUCACUUGCACCAACAGCCGGAUCCUGUCUCCUCCCCAAAUGCCAAAUAUGUCUCCGCAGAGCUGGAUUUUGAGCCCCUAGAACCACCAUCCCUUUUAUCGCGAUUCCAGUCCGGUGCUUGGGCAGCCUUUCUAGCAUUCUGGCGUUUUUUGUUAGGGAUUGGAUCACCAAAAUCAACUCCAUCCAAGCGUAUGUCCAGAGUACAACAAAUUGAUAUGUGGUAUCCUGGAGACCUGGAGACGCUGUUAUUUUGCAUCUAUUCUCCUGCGCACGCAUUACUGUGGUGUGCGACGGGCUCUUCGAAUUGGAUGAUCAUGCUUCUUAUCAUGGGUGUCGUGGGACUUCAGUUAAAUACAAUGACUACGUCAUACAAGACUCUUGUGAAGGACAAGGAAAUCAUCGCCGCUGAGGUGAUGCACGAAUAUAAUGAAGGAUUUGUGUAUCCACGAGUCAAUCCUAUCCGCAAGGAUGUAGCUGUCAUGACUCAUCAGUCGGAGGUUGUCGAUGCAUGGGAGGACUAG